ACAAAAUGCUUGCGCAUGCUCCCCAAGACCUUCAGGCAUGCGCCCUGGCCACACCCGGAAGUAGUUUUGUACUGGCCGACUUACACGUGGAUGGAGAUGGAGACGGAGCUCGGCCCUAACACCGGGCCCGAUGCUGAGCCAGGCUCGCGAGGCUCCGGUUGCAGCCUCCGGCAUUUCGCCUGCGAACAGAACCUGCUCUCCCGGCCCGAUGGCUCCGCCUCCUUCCUACAGGGUGACACAUCGGUCUUGGUUGGGGUCUAUGGUCCAGCAGAGGUCAAAGUCAGCAAGGAGAUCUUCAACAAGGCCACCCUGGAGGUGAUUCUGAAGCCCAAGAUAGGGCUGCCUGGAGUAGCCGAGAAAAGCAAGGAGCGGCUCAUCCGGAACACGUGUGAGGCUGUUGUGCUGGGGACCCUGCACCCCCGCACCUCCAUCACCGUCGUACUACAGAUUGUCAGUGACGCCGGCUCUCUGCUGGCCUGCUGCCUAAAUGCAGCCUGCCUGGCCCUGGUGGAUGCCGGCGUGCCCAUGCGGGCACUGUUCUGCGGGGUCACCUGUGCCCUCGACCCGGACGGUGGCCUUGUCCUCGACCCCACAGCCAAGCAGGAGAAGGAGGCUCGUGCCAUCCUCACCUUUGCCCUGGACAGCACCCAGCAGAAGCUGCUGAUGUCGACCACCAAGGGCCUCUACUCUGUGUCUGAGUUCCAGCAGUGUCUCGCCGCUGCCCAGCACGCUUCCCAUCAUAUCUUUCGGUUCUACAGAGACUCUCUGCAGCGACGGUAUUCCAAGAGUUGAGCCACAGCCUGGCCGGGGCACCGGGCUGGGCCUCAGCUUCCCUCUGCCCUCCCCCCUUUUCCCUGAAAAAUGGAAAUACCAACCCCGUGGAUGCCUGUGAA